UACAAGAGCAAAAUCAGCGACGAGCUGGACCUGAAGAGGCGGAUCCAGUCUCUGGAGGAGUCCAUGGAGCUCCACGAGAGGAUGAAGAGGCAGGCGCUGGCCGAGUUCGAGAGCUACCGUCAGCGGGUGGAGGACAUGCAGCUCUGCACCGAGGCUCAGCACACGCAGCGCGUGGUGUCCAUGUCCAGGGAGGUGGAGGAGAUGAGGCGGUCGUUUGAGGAGAAGCUGCGUACGUUCAGCCAGGCCCAGGCUCAGUUCGAGCAGGAGAAGAGAGGCGCUCUGGAGGAGCUGAAGGCUGAGCACCGACAGGAGGUCCAGGAGAUCCUGCGCAGCCAUCAGAGUCAGAACGCAAACUACAGCAAAGACCAGGAGAAACUGGGGCAGCUCCAUAAAGCUGAGGCUCAGGCUUUUUAUGAACGCGAGCUGGAGGCCAUGAAGAGGACCCAGCAGCUGACGGCCGACAACCUGCUGGCGUGGAAACGCACCGAGGCCGAGCUGCGGCGCGAGUUUCAGACCCAGGAGGCGGCGCUCCAGAAGACCCUGGGCAAGCUGAGGGCCGAACUGGCCCGCGUGUCGGACGAAGCCCGGGAAAACCGCGAGAAGUCCUACAAGCURCAGACGUCACUCACCGCAGCCGAGAGCAGCGUCAAG